AUGGGCAAUUGGAACUUGGCUGGAGAAAUGACAAUGGGGAAAGCGGGGAAUGUGUCAGUGGGGAAUGUGUCAGUGGGGAAUGUGUCAGUGGGGAAUGUGUCAGUGGGGAAUGUGUCAGUGGGGAAUGUGUCAGUGGGGAAUGUGUCAGUGGGGAAUGUGUCAGUGGGGAAUGUGUCAGUGGGGAAUGUGUCAGUGGGGAAUGUGUCAGUGGGGAACGUGUCAGUGGGGAAUGUGUCAGUGGGGAAUGUGUCAGUGGGGAAUGUGUCAGUGGGGAAUGUGUCAGUGGGGAAUGUGUCAGUGGGGAAUGUGUCAGUGGGGAUUGUGUCAGUGGGGAAUGUGUCAGUGGGGAGUUGA